UCUCUUGUCGCAAAACCUUAUUUCCGGUCUGUUCCUGGAAAGCUGCGGCUGUAAAGGCACAAGGAGUGGAUAGCAAUAAUUCAUGCGUUUUAAACUUGUGUUUACAUCAACUUAAGUGUUUUAACGACCAUGGAUCAAGCGCCCUCUAUAGAAACAGUUCUACAAGCCGUUCAAGCAUUGUACAACAAUCCUGAUGUUAUGGGAAAGGAAAAAGCAUCCGUUUGGCUCGGCGAAUUACAAAAAUCAGUGCAUGCAUGGCAGGUUGCGGAUCAGCUUCUGCAACGCAAUCAGAAUCUUGAAUCUUGCUACUUUGGUGCUCAGACCAUGAGAACAAAGAUUCAGUAUGCCUUUUAUGAAUUACCUCAAAAUUCUCACCAGUCUCUUAGAGAUUCACUUGUGGAACAUGCGUCAAAGAUCUCAUCAGAGACUCCUCCAGUAAUUAUUACACAGCUGAGUUUAGCUCUGGCGGAUCUUGCACUGCAAAUGCCUACGUGGAAAAAUGCGGUUGGAGAUCUCAUUCAAAGAUUUGGGAGCAAUAUUCAGCAACUGCCAUUCUUGCUAGAAGUUUUAACUGUACUACCAGAGGAGUUUAACCGAUCACAGGUGAACAGUCGGUCGUUACGCCUAGGGGCAAACAGACGAGCUGAGCUUUUGGAUGAACUAACAGGUUCCUGCCCUGUUAUUCUGCAGCUUUUGUCAGCAUGCAUGGACUCUUACGCAGAUGAUAUCAGAGUACAGGCCAAAGUGUUUCGUGUCAUUGGCAGUUGGUUCUCAAUAGGAGCUAUCCCUCAAGAAAUAUUCCUUAACACCAAAAUGUUGGCUGCUCCAUUUGAAUGCUUGGCACGGAGAGAUUGUCCAGCACUGCUGCAUGAGGCUGCUACAGACUGCAUCUGCUCUGCACUCUACUGUGCUGAGGACCUGAGUAAAUACAGUCAGCUAGCACAACGCAUGUUUGAAGGAGCGCAGACACUGCUGGAGCCAUACCACAUGGCCGUAGCUGAGGAGGACUCGGACAAAUGUAUAAACUACUGUAGGAUAUUUACAGAAAUGGCAGAAUCCCUUCUAAACAUCAUUGUCGAUACUCCUAAUCAGGGAUUGGGCAGCUUGAUAACCAUAGAGAUGCUUCUUACUUGUGUUGGUCAUCACCUGUAUGAGGUGGCAGAAAUAACAUUUAAUUUCUGGUACCGUCUGUCGGAAGAGCUGUAUCAGCGCAACACCACAGAGCUAACUGAUAUUUUCAAGCCAUACAUCCAGCGGCUUAUUGUUGCAAUGUGUCGACACUGCCAGCUGGAAUCAGACCAUGAAGGGGUACCUGAUGAGCAUGGUGACUUUGGAGAAUUCAGAGUUCGUGUAUCAGAGUUAAUCAAAGAUGUUGUUUUCAUUGCUGGUUCAUCAUCAUGUUUUGCACAGAUGUUUGAGAAUAUAAAGACAUCAUCACCUAAAGCAUCAUGGGAGACAUCAGAAGCUUCUCUGUUUGUGAUGACAGCUGUGGCAAAGAACAUUUUACCAGAUGAGAACGAAGUAGUUCCACAAGUUGUUCAAGCCAUACUGACCAUGUCACCAGACACCAAUGUUGCAGUGCGUCAUACCAGCACACUCCUCAUUGGAGAACUAUGUGAAUGGAUUGAACGACAUCCACAGCUACUUGAUCCUGUACUGCAGUACUUACUCAGUGGCUUACAACAUCCUCUUCUGGCAUCAGUGGCGGCCACAGCUCUUCAGAGCAUUUCAACACAGUGCCGUGACCUGAUGAUAGACCACUUUCAGGGCCUGGUGCAGAUAGUGCAAGCCAUGGACUCAUUUAACUUAUCUAGUGAGGCGGCUAUAGGUCUUCUGAAAGGCACAGCCACAAUUUUGGCACGGCUACCUCACAACAAGAUUGCUGAAGGCUUAUUACAACUAUGUCUUUGUCAGAUUUCACCUUUAAAGUUGCUGUUAGAGAGCACACAAGCAGUAAAGCAAGGAACAAAUACAGACCCCACUAUAUGGCUUGAUCGACUAGCUGCUAUAUUUAGGUACACAAAUCCAACUGUCACUAACGGCCAAAUGCACCCUUGUCAGCCUGUAAUUAUGGAGCUCUGGCCUGUCUUGUCACAAGCUUGCACAAAAUAUCAAGCAGAUGUGAGAAUUAUAGAACGCUGCUGUCGAUGUAUUCGCUUUGCCAUCCGUUGCUUAGGCAAAAAUUCUGCCACUCUUCUUACUCCUCUUGUCACACAGAUGGUGCAGCUGUAUGCGGUGCACCAGCACUCGUGUUUCUUAUACCUUGGCAGUAUUCUGGUGGAUGAAUAUGGCUGUGAAGCAGGCUGCAUUACAGGGCUUCUGGACAUGCUGCAGGCAUUUUGUGGUCCCACUUUCAAAAUUUUGGAGGAGCACAAUGGGUUAAGAAAUCAUCCUGAUACUGUUGAUGACCUCUUUCGACUAUGUUUGCGGUUUGUUCAGAGAGCACCUGUUUUCUUUCUUCAAAGUCCAAUGGCAAAGCCUUUACUAUGCUGUGCUAUUGCGGCAUGUUCCCUUGAUCACAAAGAUGCAAAUGCUUCUGUCAUGAAAUUCCUCGCUGAUUUCAUCAAAUGUGCACGAGAAAAAGAUGAUCGUGAUGACUUUGAAGCUCGGUCAACAGCUGUGAAGCAGCUUUUGUCAGACCAUGGACAGGCACUUGUUCAUGCCACCGUCAAUGCAUGUGUGUUUUGUCUGCCAAGCUACAUGGUUCCUGAUGUUGCUGAGGUGUUGUAUGAACUCAUGCUUAUCAACCUUCCUACAUUCUGUGUGUGGCUCGAAACAACGCUAAAGGCUUUGCCAACUGAGAACAGUGGUGGUGUUGUUACAGCAACACAUAAACAACUGACAGAUUUCCAUAAGAGUGCAACCACAGCGGAGGAUUUGAAGCAGUUAACACACGCUGUGAGAGACUUCUCACGCCUGUACAGAUAGGACUUGUUCACUUGUGCAAAUUUGUUACCAAAAUCCCAGACUCUCCUGAAACAGCAUUCUUGGAUCAAGAUCAAGGCCUAAUGCUGUUUUGUGGAGUUGAUUUGAUCCACAUUAUACUGUGCCAACCUUUCACGCAUGAAGAACCUAUCAAAAGGAACUUGAGUGGGUUUUUUUUUUUUUUUUUUUUUUUUUUCUUUUUUUUUUUUGACUCAAAAAAUGAGGAAAGAUAUUUUAGAAAACAUUUUUAUGCUCUUAUACAACAUAUUUUGUCUCAAGGUCAUCUGCGUCAUACAGAACUAUUCUACCACAUCCCUCGCGGAAGGUGUUUCUCAGUCUUGUGCCACUUUUUGCCUCAUAGCUGAUGUUGAGAUCACAAGGACCACAUUAAUAACAGAGCUUUGGUACAAGUGCACAUUUCCUGCAUGACAGGCAUGAUGAAGAGCAGCACAGUGUUAGAGCAUUGUUCACCUGGUUGGGCAAAUUGUAUAAUGUGGUUGCUUGGAGAUGUCUCGCAAAUCAUGCUGUGUGGUGUGAGUAUACAAGUAAAUGUCACAGUCCAGGCAAGAAAAAACUUUCAUUGGUAAAAUGGGAAUCAAUUAACAAAUUGAAACCAAAGGGCAGAAGUUGAUGCUGAGUGUACUUGGAAUGAAAAACUGGUCAUUAUGAGUUUUCCUUGUUCUCAAGAGGGCCAGAUAGAGAAUUUGUGGACAUCUUCUCUUCUUUUGCUAACAUUAGCAGUCACUGUGAGGUGAAAGAUGACAUCAACCUGUUCCCUUAGAAAAUUGCAGAUUGUUUUUUAUUUUGAUUGCUAACGCUAUCCAAAGGGACAGCGGGGUUGUCCUGGAAAAAUUGCCAAGACAGUGGACCUACUAGAAAAAAAAGAUGCAGGGUUAGUGUUGCCUUAAUGCUUGCAUUCUGUGUUGUGCUCUGAGUUGCCACUAACCCUGUGUGUUCUCUGAGUGUAUGCAUGCAUGUGUGCAUGUGGGUGUUCUUGCUUGUGUGCAUGUACUUGCAUGUGAGACAAAGGCAGGAGGUUGGGCUGGCAGUGCAUGCAUGUGAGAUGUGCAUGUGCAUUAAUUUGUAUUUAGUUACUGACAUCUUUUGUGAAUACUGCUAACAUUUCAUCCAGCAUGUCGGACUUGUGUGUGCUUCCAUAUGUACUGUGUAUGUGUCAAAGAGAGCAGUUGGGUGCGUAAGUGGAUUUUGUGUUUUAAGAAAGUUUUCAGUACUGCUUAUGCAUUCUCUCAUAAAAAUUUGACAGUAUUAUUAUGAGUUUUGUAUCUUUUACUGAUGAUUUUCAUAGAACUUGAUGCUGAUGUUACAGCUACAUAUUUUUCAUCUGCUGUUUUAAAAUGAAGCAUUGCUGAUUUUACUUUAGAAAAACAACCAAAAAAAUCCAUCUUCAAAGGCCUAGAAUUCUAGAAUUUUAUUCUAGAAUGAAAUAAUUGUUUUCAAAUAUGACAUGGUUUUUAAGCGUUUAUAGACUAGGCUGGUAAGUGAUAAUUCUGUCCAAUUCUAAGAAAAUUCAAAAUGUUCAAAAUUUUUUAACAAGUCUAAGAGAGAGUGUGUGUGUGUGUAAAAGAGAUAAAGUGAGGGGGUGGGGUGGAGAGUGACAUACCCAUGUGUAUUGUGAUUGAAGAGAAAGUAAGAAGUGAAUGCAGUGUGAGAGAAAAAAAUGGAUUCCUGCUACCUCUCACUUUUUGGUCAGAAAAACUUAUCGUGAAGAGACUGAAUACAGAAGUGACCUUGUUGGUGCAAUGUCAUACAGUUUUGUUCAUUGCAGACUGGUUUUGUGUUUUGACUUGCCAUUUGAUGAGAGGAAAGUAAGAAUGAAUUCUUGGUUUUUCAGCUAGUCUAUUAAUUUUUUAAUAACCUUAUGAUUGGUCAGCUAUGCUUGCUUUCAGUGGAUGAUAUCUUGGCUUACUUGUUUUGACUCAUCAUGUUGCCAUCACCCUGAUUGUGGCAUGUUUAUAUUCAUGAUCAUGGCAUCUGAAAAUAAUAUUGAAGCAGUAAGUUUAUUAUGGCAUUACAGCCAUGUUUGUCUCUGUGGGCAUGAUAGUUUCCUCUUGCCUGUUACCCUGAUGCUGAAAGUUUGCUGAUUGCUUGUGAUUGUCUCCACACUCAGAAAACCUUUUUUUUUUUUUUGAUAAUUCCUUUCACAGGGAAUAAAAAUGGAUAGACAUUUUAUGUCUUUUUAUGAAAGUAACAUAAAAUUGCUUUAUAUGCAUAUAAAGGAUGCACUCUACAUGUGUUGUUUUCUUGGAUGCUGAGAAUGACUAUCGUUAAAUGAUAAAAUAAUUAUAGAAUGAGAAGCAUGAUGAGCAGUUUUCAAAGGUUAGUGUCCACAGCUUUUACUCAAAUUAUGUCUUUUUUGUGAAACAAUUGGGCAAAUAUAUUUUUUUUUCAAAGUAAAAAGGCAACAGGUGUUUUUGGUUCAGUGCUUUAUUGCAUUUAACUUUUUAAAACAUUUUGAGCUCUUAAUGUAAACAAAUUAAGAAAGUUCUACACAUUAACUAGAUAGUAAUAAAGAAACAGCCUAUCAACGUAACAAGUUCCAGAUAAAUGCCAGAGGAUUGGAUCCAUUGGCAGAAAUUCAGUUCUUUGCAGAAGGCAGAGAAUGAAAUGCAUGGGUCCCAAAUUGUGAAAUAAAUAUAAAAUGGAUUUUAUUAAACUGAACGUGCAGCAAUAAGAUCAUUUGGUUUCUAAUUUAAAUUUGAAAGUUACAACCACAGAGGCUUAACAGAUUUUGUUACGGUCAUUGCAGUCGUGUAAAUUUAAGAAAUGCUUUUACUGUUCUAGUUACCUUAUUUUAUAUAUUUUUUACAGCUUUGCUUCGUGGUUGAAAAUUUUAAAUGUGUUGUGAUAUAGUCUUUACCUAUUCCUAAAGUUUUAUUUUCCUCUAAACAUUUUUCUUUCAUUUAAUACCAGCUCCACUUCCCUCAUUAUCUGUAACGACAGAUUACCUAUGUAUGUUCUUAUAGUUACUAACACUGUAGAGAAACAGCAAACUUUUCCUUUUAUAUAAGAGACAUUUUUACAUUUGGAAACAAUAUAAGGAAUUUUAAAGAACAACUAUUAUUAUUUAAAAAGGACAACUAUGGAAUAAAUUCCUCUUGUAUGUUAGUAUAAAAUCUUAAUUCUAGUUAAACAAGGAUAAACACAUUAUUAAAAUCACUCCCUUACUAAUGCAAACAUUUGGUGCUCUUUUUCUGACUUCCCUUUUUUUGUAGACACCUACAUGUGCAUGCAUGCAGAUACAGAUACACUCUUUAUUUUUUUUUUCUGUCUUUCAUAUAUUUCCAGAAAACAGUUUUCCCUGUAGCCAUAAGUUAAAGGAUGCUCUAGAACAGACCUGGGCAAAGGCCGGCCCGCCUCCUGUCUCUGACCGGCCUGCCCGCCCGCCAGUAUAUAUACUAUAUAUACAGUAUUGGGUAAAACUGAGUUAACUAUAUUAGUCCGGCCCUCUAAAACCAUCUCAAUUUCUCAUGCGGCCCCUUGGGAAAAUUAAUUGCCCACUCCUGCUCUAGAAUUUGUUAAAAACGUCCACAAACUCUUACUAGUAAAAAGGGGUGAGGUGGUUUGUUUUUGGAAAUGUUUAUGGAGCAUUUAAGCUAGUGACAUUUGCAACAGACUACAAAUCAAACUUGGGUUCAACAUUCCAUUUGAAAAAAGGAUUAUUUCAAAUUCAGUAUCACUGACAAAGUUGUAGAUUUAUAAACAGAUACGAGAUUCUUCUGAAUUUCUAGCCAGAAUAAAGAAAUUCAAUCUGAAUAUGUGAUUAAAAUGUAUUCCCAAACAAACAAUAUAACAUAACAUGCUAAAGAUUACAACUGUUUUGCACUCCCAUUCACAAAAAUGGAUAAAAGGGAAAAAAAACCCUAAUUUCUGUGUGUAUGAGCUAAGUUGGCGCUAGUCAUUGUAGGCUUUUGUUUUUUCAGUAUAAUCUUAAUUGAAAAGGUGGGGUAGGCCUUUAACUUCUAUCCGUCUUUUGUACUAUAUAUUUUUUUAUGUCUGUUGGCGUAUGGCUAUGUACAAAUGUUACGCCUCUUUCAUGGCUUGUGCCAUCAAACCGUUUAGUGGCAGGAUACAAAAGCCCUGCCAUGCACAUCAAGUGCCUUCGCUAUUAAGGUGUGACAGAUCUGCAUGAGGUGGGCCCUUUCAAAAUGCUAAAAAUGUUUUCCUUGAUGAUAACCAAUUUAGGAUUUCUGCACCUUGGGUGUAUUCUUUUCUAUGUUUAACUAUAUUGGCUACUUGCUGAAAACUGGGGAGAAUUAAUCAGUCUCAUAAAUGAAUUGUCAUAAGUCAUAAAAUAAUUUUAUCUCAACUUGCAACAGAUUCCGUGUUUAUCAGGUUCCAGAAUUACAUAAAGAGACCGUGUGAUGUGAGGGAAAGUGUUCUGUUCACAGUCUUUUUUUUACUGGAAAAGAAACUGCUUUUAGAGUUGGAUUGUAGGGGGAUGAAGGGAAUGCUGUGCAAAAGAGUAAGCUUAUUUAAACAUUACCAUUUUCUCCAAGAGGAGAUGUAAAGAAACACAGUCCCUAAUCAUGACUUUAAAGUCUGUCCAGUUACAGUAUGAAAUCCAAAGGAACGAAGGUGGUGAAAACUUUAUUGGGAAUUAAAGAAUCAAAAUUUGGUAGUUAAAAAAACAAUCGUACUGCAGUGCUGCACUUUGCAGUUCUGUGAUAGGUCUCGGAAAAUUAGCCAAUUUAAACUUUCUCAGUAGCCCUCCUCCAUCCACUUUGAAUGGAUAGAGCAAGGUCUUUCGAUAUAUUUUUUUCCACCAUUCCAACCUGUUUCUAUUUAAUUUAAGUUUUUAUGAAAGUUUUAACACAUUUCUUUGGCCAUGUUGGGCAGAGGAAAACAAAAAUGAUUGGUAAAAAACAUAGUCUUGUCUAGUCAAGAUAGUGCCCUUUCUUUGAGACACAAAUAUUUCUAUUAAAUUAGUGGAAUGUUCUGUCUCAUGUUAAAACUUCAAAUAGGUUUCAAUAAUUUUAACCCCUUUGCUUCUAAUACAUUAACAUGGAAUUCUAGGAUUUCCAUAUGGUUAUUUCACACCCUUUUUGGGUGUCUUUUAUAAAGAAACCGUAUUGUAGCUAUUCAUUAGAUCUUGCCUAUCAGUCUGUCGGAACUAUAAUGUCUUUCUCAGGCUUUUUACAAUUUUAUUAAUUUUAUUUUAUCUUUUGGUGUAAUGUGAGAGUGGUAGAUCAGGUUUGAUUAAUGUGAUACUUUUUUUAAAAAAAAAGAAAACGUAAGUACUCUCUUAGCAAAACUUUUUUUUAAAUAAUCAGUUUUGUUUAAAAUAUUUACUUUGACAAAUAACUUAAAACAUACCUGCAAAUAUGAAUCAAAAAGUGUAAUCUCGGCUCUGAGAGAUCUUUCUCUGGAUGUGAGACCUGUUUACAGGGCUCACCAAUGGUGGUUUUCUCUGGGUACUCUGGUUUUCAUUAUCCUAAGUGUGUGUGUGUGGUACAUUUGUUUGUCAUUAUGUUUUGUGUUCUUUAUGUGGAAAGGUGCAUUUGCUGCCUUCCUUGAAAAGAUGUGGACUGGUAUGCUUGUAUGCCAUCACUUUUAGCCUGGUGUUGGUACUGGGUAUAAAGUGCUGUAUAAAUACACACUGUAACUGACAUGCAUGCAGAUACUUUUUUUUUUGUGUGUCUCUUUCAUAUAUAAAUAGCCCAUGAUCUUGAGUUUCUGUCAUGGCACAGGGCAUUUGAAUAACCUAACAAAUAUAAGGUAUUUAUCAGUUUUAUUGGUGUGUGAGAGAGAUGUAAGAAGCCUUACUUGUUACAUUUUGUUAGAAUGUUUAUGAGCUCCUGGUUAAAACUUUUCAUGCAGAUGCUCAAUUAGAAUGAAGUUGAACUAUGUAGGCUUGAGUUCAAACAGACUGUACUUUUAGCUCAGAAGUUGAAAAUGUCAUUAGUUUCUUCUGUCAGCAUACACUGUGAUUGUGGAAGAAUGCCAGUUUUUGUAUUGUCCUGUUUUAAUGAGCUCAUUUAUCAAAAAGGGUGAGAACUCCCUGGAGGAUUACAUAUACUAACCUCUAUUUUAGAUAGAGAUGGUGACAAUUUUUUCCUAGUGGAUUGAACACUUGAGUUUCAAAAAAAAAACAACAACAGUGUUACACCCAGAAAAAAAUACCAAAUUUCAAAUGAUACUCCUGUAGUUUGCAACUGACCAGCUACAAGUCCUUACGUUUCCAGACAUUAUUGAUGUGUAUGUCAGUAGAGGGUCAAUUUUGUUGAUUAGCCAGAGGUUAAGCAAAUCUUCUGAUUACUUGUUACUUCAUCGUAGUGAUGUGUGAAAACUGGUCAGAGCAAUGCAUGUUUUAAUCUGUUGGUGUACUCCUAGUUUUCACCAGUCAUGUAUUUUUGAAUCUUGGAGGUGAUUGGUUAUCUUGUCAACUUUUUUUAGAACUGUAGGUGUUACCUAGACAGCCUGAAGUUAUUUUGAUCUUUUUUAAAUUCAUGCAAAUAUCAGAUUUAGUGUAUGUUGGUUAAUGCCUAGAGGGUCAGACUGAUUUUUAAUCUUUGUUGUAUGCCUCUACUGACUGCUGCCACCAUCUGCUGGUAUAAUCUUUUUAUUAUUCCUUUUACCUUGGUCUGGCAAUAUUGGUCAGAUUACCAUAUUCUUAGGUCAGAAUUUUUAGGCCUGCUGUAUAGUAAUGAACAAAUGUAAAUCUAACACAGUUAAAGCACCUUAUUUAUAAAUGAGAAAAACAAAACGUUUUGCACACCAAAACACAGCUUUCUUCCCAUGCAAUGCCAAAUGGUCUUUAUUUGCUCUAAUUAAACUGCAUGUUUCAAAACUGUAUGCAGCUUUUAUAAAACUAAAUUGUUUUCUCUGAA